GGAUCUGAAUUGUUGCGUUCUAUCUAGUUUCUAUACAUAUUUUCUUAUAUCUUUCAUAACCACAUCCAUGGCAUCGAGUCCCCGUUCAUCUGAGGCGGAAUCGGAUGUGGACAACAAGCAAGAGGAGGAAAAGUAUCCCCUUCACAUUAUUAACCUCAUCCAGUUCAUAAAACUAAUUGAACUUUUGCAGAAGGGUGAGACGGCGAACGGCGAGGUCAUUGACGACGAUGAAGAUAGGCUGAACAAGCGGCUAGAGAUUGUGCUAGCUGAGGCAAAACAUGCUUAUACAACAAGUCGAAACGAAUCUGGAGACCAGAUCGGUUCCAACAAAACUUAGUCUUUGUUUAGGAGUUGUACUCCAACAUCUUUGUGCUUUCAAAAUAAACAUGAUAAUGAAAA